GAGGAAUUGGCCAAAAGGUCCCUCUCAGCAGUUUGCAUUUUCGCGUGAGAUCCCCCCCCUCCUCGAGUCGCCAGCAGCACCAACGACAAUGGUCACAGGAAACUUAAACAUCAAAGUGCUUCGUGUGGAAGAUCUGAAAAACCAGGCGAAAGGAGCGAAGAUUCUCGUGCGCGUGACUAUUGGCAAAAUUCAGAGCCAAACCGAGCCACAGCCUGCGGAGACAGGUCAAUUCAACGAAAUCCUGACGUUUGAGGGAUUUCAAUCCGACAACAAGAACGCGGUGCAAAUCGAAGUGCUGCAAGCCGAUGGGGCGAAGCCCAUUGCGUCUGCGAAACUGUCCUUGGCGCCGUUUAUCAACGCGAGGGGUAUUGAAGAGAAGGAAUUCAACUUGGAUGAUGGCGCAGGUGUGAUUGUGCUGAGCUACGAAUUUGCCCAAAAAGACAAGGGCAAGAAGCAGUCACCGCCACCACCGGCGUCGUCCACGACCAAAAGCAGCAGCUCGAACGACCCCCAUGCUUCGAUCCCUCGCAGCUUGACCACCACUGCCGAGCACGCGCCGUCGUUGUGGUACAUCCACCCGUCGUUUUACUACGCCAAGACCAAGGAAGUGUACUCGUACGCGACGAGCUUCUCGGCCGUGGGGUACGUGGCACGCUACGGCGAGUCGACCCUGGAGUACCUCUUGCAUCGGCUGGCGCCCAAGCAAGUGGGCAGUUUGGAUGCGGUCGAUCAAUCGUUGGUACCGGCGCUGACCAAGGUGGAUUCGCGUGUGGACGAAAACGUGUCGCACUUGCUCAAGUCGAUUGCCGCGAGCCAGGACUACCUGCUCAAGACCAAGGACGGCGCCCUCAUCAAGGUCCACAACACGGUGACGGCAACCAAGUCGUCGGUGGUGUCGACGGUGUCGAGCGUCCAGGCCAAGGUGAGCCAGGUGACGUCCUCGACUGUCGAGACGGCGUGCAGUUUGCACCAGAAGACGGUGGACAAGGCCAACGAAGUGCGCAAGUCGACGGUGGACACCAUUUCGAGCGUGUCGCACUCGACGUAUGCGACGCUGUCGAACGCGACGCACCACAUUUUGGCCCACGUGCCGUUUAUCAACUCGAAGGAAAAGGCGUAGCGGGUUUCUAUAUCUAUUGGUGUGUCGCCCCCCAUUCGUAGCGCGAGCAGAAUGGUCGACUGUCGACGCUAAGACUAUAUCGUUUGAACAACUUUUCAUUUAUACGAA